ACGCAGCCUGAUCCAAAUUUCGACCAGGCUGACAUCAAUUGGUGACUACAGUGCUUCCUCCUCUGCCAUGGAAUUCACCGCGGAGUUUGACGAAAGGAAGUUCGGCGAUGUUGUUAGUGGAAGCUGGGAUGAAGACACUGCUGCCUUUGUCGACGGCUUAAGGCAAAGAUCCCAAGACAUGUACAGAGAGCUGCUUAGUGCUAUUAGCAUGGUCCCUUUUAUUUUGUCCACAAAGAACAACUUUGCAAUCCCAUCGUCUAUGCCAGCUGAGAUGCCUAUUCCGUUUAAAGUCAAUGCGGACCUAAGCACCCUGAAGCAGCAACCAUACUCCCUCUCUGAACGGGACCUUGCCACCAUUGACGAUAUACUGAACCCUCUUCGCGUAGCGGGAGUCGUCGAGGAGGUCCCCCUAGGCCAGCCGUCCAUCGUAGCGUCGCCCGCCUUCGUAGUGUGA